AGACGGCUUUGGAUAAAAAUGUACUUGUUUCUGAAACAGUUAAGCACCUGGCCCUCUGGCCUGCCAGGAUCCUGUGCUUGGUAGAAUUCUACUCUUAGGUACACUUUUCUUCUGGGCUGCCUACCUCGGCACCUGCAACCUAUUUGCCACAAGUGGACCCAGGGAUGUCCCUCUGCUCCUCGUGGAGUUAACACUGGAUGGAGCAGAGCUCAGAGCCAGCAGUUACACAACCACUGAAGAACUUUCCAGGACCCCUCGCUUCAGCUCCUCAUUGAAAUUCAGGGAGCGGUGCUCCUCCUCUGGCUUAAGUGCAGUUCUGCUGGGCUUUUGUUUGUCUGUGAAUAGUUCUUGCUGGAAGCCCAAGGCAGGAUGACUUGGUAAGGGGAACCCUCACCCAGAGACCAGCGCUCCUAAUGCCUGAACCACCGCAGAGAAGGUGCAGAACCAGCAAGACUCAGCACGGGAAACAGAGCCCAGGGUUAGAGCCAAAGAAGCAGAUCCACGCCAUGUCCCGGGAGGCGCAGUGCAGGGAGGAGCUGGGCUAUGACCGGACGCCCACCCUGGAGCGUGGAAGGCCAGACGUGGGGAGCUGCACCCCAGACGCCAGGCCCAGGGAACUUCAGCUGGCAACGCGGCUCCCCCUGUGCUUCAGCCACAAGACCUGGGUCUUCUCCGUGCUGAUGGGGAGCUGCCUGCUCGUGACCUCAGGGUUUUCACUCUACCUGGGAAAUGUGUUUCCUUCUGAGAUGGACUACCUGCGUUGUGCUGCGGGUUCGUGUGUCCCCUCGGCCAUUGUGAGCUUUGCCGUCUCAGGGAGAAAUGUCAAUGUGAUUCCAAACUUUCAGAUACUGUUUGUUUCCACGUUUGCUAUUACCACUACUUGUUUGAUCUGGUUUGGAUGCAAACUGGUCCUGAACCCGUCUGCAGUAGACAUCAAUUUCAACCUGAUUCUGCUGCUGCUGCUGGAGCUGUUCAUGGCGGCCACGGUGAUCAUCUCCGCGCGGUCUAGCGAGGCGCAUGGCAAGCGAAAGGGUUCCGUCUCUGAGAGUGCCAACCCUCUGUAUGAAGUGACAUUUCCUGCUCGGGUCCUGAAAUCCUAUUCAGUCAUCGAGGUGAUCGCUGGCAUCUCCGCCGUCCUUGGAGGGGUCAUCGCUCUGAACCUGGACGACGCCGUCUCGGGCCCCCACCUCUCUGUGACGUUCUUUUGGAUCCUAGUGGCCUGUUUUCCAAGCGCCAUUGCCAGUCAUGUGACAGCAGAGUGUCCCAGCAGGUGUCUGGUGGAGGUGCUGACCGCCAUCUGCAGCCUGGCGUCCCCACUGCUGUUUGCGGCCUCCGGGUACCUGUCCUUCAGCGUGACGAGAAUCCUGGAGGUCUUUCAGGACUACCCGCCGGCCUUCAAGUCCUAUGACGUGCUCCUGCUGCUCCUCCUGCUGGAGCUGCUGCUGCAGGCCAGCCUCAACACGGGCACCGUCCUCCAGUGCGUGCGCUUCAAAGUGGGCGCGUCCUGGGACCCAGCGCCGGCCGGCCAGCAGGAGCGCCCUGCGGGGGAGGUGUCCAGAAGCCCCCUGAAGGAGUUUGACAAGGAGAAAGCCUGGAGAGCCGUCGUGGUGCAGAUGGCCCAGUGACCGCGGCCCGGCGAGGAGGCCCAGGCCGGCCCGGCCCCACACGUCGCCGGUGGUGGUCCCCGGGGAGCUGCUGCUCCCCUCUCGUAGGGCAGGCCCGGCUGCAAGGUGGAGUUUUCAUUUCUUACAGUAGUUUAAUUCUGAUAUAGGCGAAUGCUGACUAUUUUGUGCUUGUGGGGGGGUCAGUUCAGCGCUCCCGAGGUGGUCUGAACGCAGAGGCAGUGGCUCCAGUUCGGUGGUGAAGGCGGGGCCCAGGCUGCGGCUGGACUCUCCCGGCGCGGUAUUUCGGCAACCACGAUUCCCCCGCUGCCGUGCCUGCUUCUCUGCACCUCUGUAGCCCCCCUGCCCUGUCUGGUGCGCACCUGCCGUCUGCAGCCGUGUGGGUCUCACCCACUGGGCACUCCUCCUCUUAGGAGCCCGGCCGGCCCGGCGUCGUCUCCUUGACAAGGUGGCCGAGCUGAGUGCUUGUGUCCUGUCUCAAGAGCCAGCAGAACCACAGGGCAGCCCCCACGGCCCUCACUUUCCCUGCGUGAAACCCACAUGGCUGCAUUUCUGCCCUCCCAUUACACUUAAAUGCAGUCUUUCUGGGAGGGCCCCGUUCCGUAGCACUGGUGCGCGUCCGGGCACCCUGCCUGGAGCCUGCAUUCGUCCUGAGCCCUCCAUCAACAGCCACACUAGGGCCGACCCUGUCCUCUGUGGCAGCUCACUGCUCUCUGGGGGUGGGGUCAUCGUCCCUGAGAACUGGCCGCAUCUCUGUGUCGUGAUGGCCUCUGUGUUGGGACGAGGCUGAGCCCCUCCUUCCCUCCUGCCAUGCUGUCUCUGCUCCCUCAGGCCAGGCCCUGCUUAAAACGCAAGACAGCCCCCCUGGCAUCCUCACAGGGUGUCACUGGGCAUUCUGCGGCCCUCCCCUCCUCCUAACCAGCAGUUCACCCUGGCCCGCACUCACUCACCCGAGGGCCUAGCCCCGGCCAGGGCCUCCUCCAUCUACCACCUGCCAGACUGCAGGGACACUUUGGGUGUGAGAAUUACACUUGCUUCGAUCAGAAUCAGCCAAGAAUCAGUUGCUGUGACAUCUCUUUGUCCCCUGAAUGCACCCAGAAUCUUCUGGAAGAACUGCACACGUCUCUCAGUUGACACGGCCACCAAUGCACCUCUAGGGAGUUGGCAGCAUCUCCUAAAAGGGGAAUGCUGGUCGGUCCAGGAACUGUCUUCAGGCCUGCACACUCAUUCGCAAGGCUACACAUCAUGGUGGUUCUGGGUCUUUCUCCCCACUGGAAGGAGGCGAGCAGCUGUGUUGGAGAUGCUGACGCUGGCUUUUUACUAAGUUGAGGGGCAUUAAUCAGUCCUCUGUGGGCUGGUGGCAACACCUGGCCACACCUGGGGCCAUUCUGAUCAACGGGCUACAGCGCCAGGGGACGAGGGCGGGCUGGGGCCAGCCAACUGUGGACCCAGUGGGGGGGUUCGAGGGUGGCCCCUGGUUUCUCACUUCUGAGCCCUGGUGACUGGCUGCCUAGGUGUCUUCAUGGUAUUCACAAGUGGGGUCAUGACUUUCAGUCAAAUGGGGAUGCAGGUGAGACACCUGGAAGGUGGAGGUGCCAGCCCUGGCAGCAUGGUCCUCAGCCCGGCGUCCUCGGCAGCUCUGGCGGUAAGAGCAUGUGAGGGGCCAGGCAGACGUAGGCCUCAGUCAGGUCCCCAAACAAGCCCAGGGCAGCGAGGCGGCUCUCACCUGCACCCAAGUGACCCCACCCUGCCGCAGCCAGCCGGGGCCAGUUCCCUUUCCUGUGGCUCCAGGGGUAGGGCCGGGGCUCUGCCUCUGCCUGGAUGGGAGCUACAAGGAUAUUUCCCUGGGGAUUCAGAAAGUCUGAGUCUUAGAGCUGAAACUGGGUGCCUGGGGGCUUCACACAGGCUUGCCCUUUCUUAUUUCAGAGCGAGCUUGAAAAAUCCAGACAAAUAGGGUUUUAAAAGUAUAUAAUCCUGUCUCUGUCAGUUUGCAUUUUUGUGUGAUAGAGUUAAUACCACCUGAGCAAUAAAGGCUAACAUGUACACGUG